AUAAAUAGUAAGAGCAAAUCCUUAAAUUGGGAUUUGUUCUCGAGCUUCUUUAGAUCCUCUUCGGGACGGACAAGGCAAAAUCAAUGGCGGCUAGAUCGUCCGAUUCGUCCUCCGAUUCCUCAGACUCUCGUUGCCGCCGCAGCGAUCGCCGUCGCCGUCGCAAUCGCCGGACCGACAGGGACAGGGAUUCCCUCAAGGUUCUGAGGAAGAGCCGGUCCAGCACGAAACGACGCCGUAGACGCCAUCACUCCGAUGAUUCCUCGUAUUCUUCUUGCUAUUCCGAUUCUUCCAGAAGUGAGAGUUCUGACAGCGAGCACAAGAAGCAUGGCAAGCAUAAGAAGUCUAAGGGCAAGGAGCGGAGCAAGAGUCAUCGCCAUAAACGGCAUAAGAACAGAGAGAAAGAGAAACAGAAGGAAGAUGAAGGAACCAGUGGGCCUGUUCAGCUAUCUAAGUUCUUAGGCCGUGACAAGGAUGAUGGCGUGCGUAGAAGUGUUGUCUCGGGCAAAAAAAUUCUGUUGAAGCUCGACAAGUCCAAGGAGGACAAGGUUGCAGAGAGCAAGAGAAGUGAACUGCUCAAGUUCUUGAAUGCAAGUUUUGAUUAGGUUUUCGCCAUGAUAACAAGGUUGGAGAGAGAGCAAGAGAAAAUGUAAGAUACACUUCAACCUAAUUCUACUAGGAAAUCAUGGAUUAGGUUACAUAAAAAUGGAAAAUGUUUUCAAUUAUAUGAAUAUCUAAUCAGCUGUUUGGUUGCCAAGGUUGUCUAUUUGAUCUUUGUUCCAAUGUACACACUAGUGAUGGAAAUCUCCUCUAAUAGAUCCCCCAUAAUACAAAGUUCGGUGCU